AUGAACAUCUUCGCCGCCAACAAGGAGAAGGGGAAGACGUUUCGGCCGCGGCGCAACCACCGCGAGGGCACGAAGCGGUACCAGCUGCACAAGUUUGCGCAGGCCACGCUCGGCACGGGCAACCUUCACGAGGCUGUGACGCUGCCUGCCGGCGAGGACCCGAACGAGUGGCUCGCUGUCAACACGGUGGACUUCUUCAACGAGAUCAACCUCCUCUACGGCGUGGAGCUGAUCGACAAGCUGAUGGAGGGAGACAAGGAGAAGUACACGGCCGGCGCGAGCGGCACGGACAGAUAG